CAAGGUCGCGGCUCUUCCGGAUAUCCCUCCCCGUCUCUCUACUGCACAUAUCCGCCAUGGCCCCAGCAUCAGCACUGUGUUCAGCACUACGUUGGUCGCCCUCAAUACUACAUCAUCCAUCCUCAACACCAUGGCCGACUAUCACGUGAGCAGGCUACGCAUCGCUUCGGUUACGCUAAAGGCUAUCGGCGCCGCUCUACAACGUUCUCUAACCUCGCCCUUCAAAGGCGACAAUGGCUCCAACACAUACUUCAAGGAUAUCAUGUUUGCCGUCUCCCGGGCUAAUAUGGGCAAUCUCGAUCUCGUCCAUGACCGUUACUUGAACGGAGGCUCUACAACCACAAACUAUAUCAAGUAUACUGAGCAGCAAAAGUUGGCGCCAGACAGCAUAACCCUGCCAAGUGGCACACAAGCGCAUUGGUUGGGAAAAAGCAAUGCAAGCAAGGUCUUGGUAUACUUCCAUGGCGGUGGAUAUGUUCUCCCUGCUGGACCUGGCCACAUACUCUGGCUUGACGACUUCCAAAAGUCUCUUGGUCCCGAUGUGUCUGCAUUGCUUCUCGCAUACGAUGUUGCACCCGAGGCUAAAUACCCUACCCAGCUCAAGCAAGCCGUCGAGCUUCUCGACUAUCUAGUGUACACCCAGGGUCGCAGUCCCUCUGAUCUCAUACUGGCUGGCGACUCCGCUGGCGGCAAUCUUUUACUCGGCGCCCUUUCGCAUAUUGCACACCCGCAUCCCGACAUUACACCGCUCUCACUACCUGCCAGGCUCCAUGGUGUUUUACUCAUUUCACCAUGGUGCUCACUGACCCAGACCAAUACCCCUGCAUUCACCACAAAUGCCGAACGCGACAUGCUUGAUGCUCGGGUUCUCAAUCGAUGGGCUGCUGCAUUUCUCGGCUCGGAUUCUCCCUUUGCCGGCGACUUGUACAACGAGCCUGUUCUGGCACCUCCGGAUUGGUGGGCGCCUGUUGCCGAUUUUGUGGAAGAAGUCUUGAUCUGGGCAGGCGACAAUGAGGUGCUCAAAGAUGGCAUUGCAGCUUUUGCGGAAAAAUUUACCAAAGGAUUUGGUAGCAGAGGUGGAGUUGUGAAUACCGUCUUUACGCCAAAAGCGUGCCAUGAUGAGAUGAUUAUGGAGAGGAUCCUGGGAUAUAAGGGUGACUCUGGAACAGGUAGUCAGCAAGUCUUGGAAACGUGGGUGAAGGCGAAGCUUUGAGUCAGCAUUCGAGCCCUUUCUUGUCUACAUCAUAAUUAACGUACAUCCCUUCGCACCGGAACAACUGGCCCCCAGAUGUUUGCAGCAAAACCUCUGGUCGAGCUGGAUAUGGUACCUGCUGCAUACUUUACAACUCAGUAGAGAAGACAUCUUGAUUGGCCGUUCAAUAGAUCUCGAUCUGCAGUAACACACUUCGAUUUAGGGUCUCAUAGCUCUCACUGGGUCAAAAUCUACUGUAGUAAGCAUGAUUAUACCGGCAUAUCGCCGCACUGCACAGUUCUGCCUCGUUUAUUGGCCGUAAUCCUUUUGCAACUUCGCGAUAAAGAUACACAGACUUUACACAAUCUCACACGUAC